AUGGCUCUUGGGGUACAUCGCUGUAGAUUUGUCGGGUGGUCCCCGUCGCCCAUUACAGCCCUUGCACUGCCUCCUCCUCACAAAAGCCAUAAUUUACCCUUCCCCCCGCUUGCCGUCGGCCGUCAAAACGGCUCUAUCGAGCUCUACCGUUGGGCUGCAAAGGGGUCAUCACCACACGCUGGGUUCUCGAUUCCACACUCCCCGGUCCUGCAGAUACCAAGGUCGAUGCUCUUGCACUCACUAUACGCGCCCGGCGCCAGCCUCAUCAGCACUAUUUACUCUGGGACCGUCCUCCAUACAAUUCCAUCACAGGGAGGUACCAUCUGGUCCCUUGCUCCUGAUCCUACUGGUUCUUUCCUCGCAAUUGGCUGCCAAGAUGGUGCCGUGCGCUUGCUUGAUAUUUCCCAUUCCGAGGCACCUGUUCACGUGAAGCGGUUUGAACGUGUUCAGACCCGGUUCUUGAGCAUCGCAUGGGCGUGGUCGAGUGAGGUGGCAUCUGAAGAAUCUACCCAACGAGAUCUAGCGUCCGAUUCAGACGAUGAGCUAGACAGCUCAAAUGUUCUACCUGCCACGACGCUCGUGACUGGAUGCUCCGAUAGCUCACUUCGUACGUGGGACGUUCGUACAGGACGGGUUCUCAACCGGAUGACCGUCGAGCGAGCGAGGGGCGAGAGGACUCUAGUAUGGAGCGUUGCUGUACUUGGGCGAGUCCAUCUUUUCAGCCCAUAUUCACCCCCGCCUAAUAACAAAUUAAUAUUUAGGGAUGGAACAAUAGUAUCGGGUGAUUCGUUGGGCACCGUCAAGUUCUGGGACAACCGAACUGCAACCCAAAUUCACUCUUUCACGGCUCACAACGCAGAUGUACUUUGCAUGACCAUUUCGCCGACCGGUGAAGCUAUUUAUACUUCGGGUGUAGACCAACGUACCAUCGAGUUUGUGAAGCUCCCACCCUCUGGCAACGACCAUGGAAAAUGGGUUCAGACUACACAGCGGAGAAUCCAUUCACAUGAUGUGAGGGCGCUCGCAAUGUGGCCUCCAUAUGUUCCUACAUCGAACGAGAAACAAACGUACGCACCUCUUCUGAUUUCAGCCGGCCUAGACAUGAGCGUAGCACUAGUCCCUGCCGCCCCUCCACAAGCUGAACAGCUUGGAAUGCUCACCAAUCCUAUUCUAUCCUCGCGCUCGAAUGUAACCACAUUCGAAGAUGCAUACCCCAAGAGGCUCGGUUAUCCUCUUGCUUCAGGAAACGUGGUUCUGGCUUCUAGAGCGAGGCUCGUCGUCAGUUUUUCCGACCGAGUCGUAGGAAUUUGGAGAUUACCUGCGCAGAAGCCCAAAACAGUAGGUGCAUGGGAGGAAGGGGAUGAGAAUGAGUGGGAAAAGGCGCUUGAGAUGGAGCUUAGGUUCCGCACGAACAUCACAGCGGGUGCAGUGUCGCCUGACGGGCAGUGGCUUGCUGUAGCGGAUGUCUGGGAAGUCAAGUUAUUCCGCGUGGAGGACGUGAACGGAACCCUGCGACCCCGUCGAUCACGAACCAUCUCCCUCGUGUUGUCCUCUGUGCUGAGCGGCCAGACAGGUGCAUCAGCUCUAUGCUUCACCCCCGAUUCGCGCAGACUCGUAAUAGGGACAUGGAAGGAAGCGCGCAUUGUGCUCGUUGACCUCGACCAAGGUCCACAAGAGGCGGUCGUACGCGUCUUUGGAGUUCACUCGGAGCGUGAGAAUAGUGGCGGAAAUGAAGGGCACGAGGACGCAGUCUUGACUCCGCGCGUCUCGCGCGUGGCAGUUUCGCCCGAUUCACAAUGGCUCGCGAGUGCCGAUUCGAAUGGACGCGUGUGCGUGUUUAAUCUUGAUUCAGCCAAGCAUACAACCACUCUCCCACGCACGUUGCUUUCGCCCAGCGCACUUUCGUUUGAUAGUCACUCGCCGCACGUCCUCGCACUGGGCUAUCCAAACAACGAGAUCAACUACCCCAUACUAGGAAUUGUCUUUCCUCCUACCCUUACCCCCAACGAACGCAAAAUGAAACGGGCGGGCGAAGUAGACGAAUCGUUUGCAAUUGUGACCAAGUUCCGGCCGGUUUUGUUGGCUGACUUUUGUACGGAUGGGGUUGGAGAAAUGGUCGUUGUGGAACGGCCAUUAGUUGAUUUGCUCUCGACGUUACCGCCGGCUUAUCUCAAGCCCAAGUACGGAGCGAAUUAA